CUACAAUGUACAGCUUGCCUGUGGCCCUGGGCCCUGGGCCCUGGGGCCUGGGGUCGGUCCUGGGCCCUGGGUCUGAGCCCUGAGGACAGUCAGACACCGGUGGUUGGACAGGCGGUCGGGCGCCGAGCGGCGCGCAUAAAUCCACAGAAUGAAGAAUAG